AAUGUCAAUUAAUAAUCUGUCACUUGUGUGUAUUCAAGAAAGCAUCGCAAAUCGGUUUUUAUUUUUGGUAAAACAGUGCUAUUAACGAUUACCUUCGAAGUUAUUUGAAUUAAUACCGCAAGAUCAACCACUGAUAUGCCGAUGGCUGUGUCAGCGACUCAUUGCGUCAUUGAAAAUUGCCGAACAACGAUACUGAAUAAACCGCCGGGAGUUUCGUUUCAUUCAUGCCCAUCAAACAAUGAAAUGAGAAAACGAUGGCUGAGAGUUUUAAAAAAUAAGUGUACUAUGCUGGACUGGUACAGGAGCCAGAUAUGCUCAAAACAUUUCGAGUCCAAAUGCUUUGAUUCUAAUAAAAAACUUAGAGAGAAUGCUGUACCAACUGUUUUUGCGCCUGUUUUCCCAAGAAUUGCACCAAAGCCUCCAGUCAAAUCACAGAAUAAAAACUCGAAACUAGACACAGUAAAUACACCAUCAAGCAAAACAACUACCAAAGAGAAACCAUCACACUCACAAAAAGAUAAAAAGGAGUUGACUAAUAAAAACAAAAAAUCUGGGUUUAUAUCCCGUGUCCCUUGGAACUAUGAGGCAGAGCCACAAUAUGGUGUGGAGCUGCCAAGAUCCCGAGUAGACAGAUUAUUGAACAAGCUCAGUCAAGCUGAACUAACAGCUAAUAUAAAGAUCAACAUGAACAAACUGAAGGAGCCCUCUGACCUAGACCUAUAUGUUACUGAUGACCUCAGAUGUCGCCCUGAGGCGCCAAAAGAAGCAGCUCUUUGGCUCAUGAUUAAAAAGCAAGAAAAUUUAAACAACAGGCUCAUGGAUCUGGUUGUUCAAACUAAGAAACAUGUGGAAAUCCUUCAGAAUCAUUCAGAGACAGCCAAGACUUCUAAACUAGAGAAUGAAUGA